UUCCGUAGCAGAAGCGGAAGUCGCGGCGUGGACAACAAAACAUUCCGCGGGAAGACUUUUCAACUUGCUGUCAAAGAAGCGCAUCCGCCGACGUCGCACGAAAAUGAGCUUGUGGGUGGACAAAUACCGACCCACGUCCCUCGGUAAACUCGACUACCACCAAGAGCAAGCUUCUCAACUCAAGAACCUGGUUCAAUGUGGCGACUUCCCGCACUUGUUGGUGUAUGGUCCUUCAGGCGCGGGCAAGAAAACUCGCAUCAUGUGUCUGCUGAGGGAGCUCUACGGCGCCGGCGUGGAGAAGCUUCGCAUCGAGCACCAGACCAUUGUGGCUCCCUCCAAGAAGAAGAUUGAGAUCAACACCAUCGCCAGCAACUACCACUUGGAAGUCAACCCCAGCGAUGCGGGUUACCAGGACCGCGUGGUGAUCCAGGAGCUGAUCAAGACCAUGGCUCAGUCUCAGCAGAUCCAAGCCAGCACGCAGCGAGAGUUCAAAGUGGUGCUGCUCACCGAGGUGGACCGCUUGACCAAGGACGCCCAGCACGCUUUGCGGCGCACCAUGGAGAAAUACAUGGCCACCUGCCGCCUGGUGCUCUGCUCAACCUCCACCUCCAAGGUCAUCGGGCCCAUACGCAGCCGCUGCUUGGCCGUUCGCGUUCCGCUGCCCAGUACGGAGGAGGUAUGUAACGUCCUCACGUCGGUGUGUAAGAAAGAAGGUCUCCUCCUGCCUCCCGAGUUGGCCAAACGGAUCAGCGACAAGUCCGGGCGCAACCUCCGCAAAGCGCUGCUGAUGUGCGAGGCCUGCAGGGUGCAGCAGUACCCCUUCUCGGCGGACCAGGACGUCACAGAACCCGAUUGGGAGGUGUUUCUCCGGGAAACUGCCAACUACAUUGUUAGCCAGCAGACUCCGCAGAGAUUGUUGGAGGUGCGGGGUCGUUUGUACGAGCUGCUGACUCACUGCAUCCCUGCUGACAUCAUCAUGAAGGGUUUGGUGAGGGAGCUUCUGAACAACUGCGACGGGCACCUGAAGCCGGAGGUGGCGCACAUGGCGGCGUACUACGAGCACCGGCUGCAGCUGGGCAACAAAGCCAUCUACCACCUGGAGGCCUUCACCGCCAAGUUCAUGGCCGUCUACAAGAAGUUCAUGGAGGACGGCCUAGACGGCAUGAUGUUCUGAUGGGUGGACGCUGUCAACGUUAAAAGGACUUGUCGUUAUUGACCUUCUUUGGACUGUUUAUUUACUUGACACAAAUACACAACAUAUGACAAACAAUCACCAUUGCUCAUUAGCUAGUUAUGCUAAUCACGUUCCCUCCGAGCACCCGAGACAGUGUACACGUUCCACGUUGUGGUUGUGCAAAUUUAACUGGGAGCGAUUGACCUUGAUGAUGAAAGUGAGUUCAAAUAAAUGGGAAAGGAUA